AUGUCUCAACGCAGUGCUUCCAAGGGAAAUUCUUGUGUGAGAUCGAAUCGAAAGAAUGAUAAACACGGCCUAUCGUCCACCCAACUCGCUUCUCACGGCGAGACAUCUGUCCAGAAAUUAUCUGAAAUCGACGACGCGAAUAACAGUGAUGAUGAAUACACCAUUUCCGGGUUUGGUGACAUCUCUCUAUCCGCAGAUUAUGAAGCUCCGGCACCAAGUCCUACGAAAGCGUUUCUGAAGCCCAAGUCCCGACGUCCGCCAAUUCCAAGUAAAUGCCGUGGCGCGAACAGACAAGAGACUGAUCUUGGUCAGAGUUCUCGACUGACAAAUGCAUACUCUCAUCUUCGGGCGGUGUCAAAUGCUCCUCUGUCGGCUGCGGAAAGUGUCGAAGCUUUGCUCAAUCGCUUCAACCGGCCACAAAACUCGAAAGACGUACACGCUGACCCACUUACUCGUGAUCGGAGAAUCGCAACUGAGCCUCAAAGGCAGCAGGUAGCGUCUGAUGAGCUCCAGGCCUUUAGGCAAAGGUGUCUGACACGCGAGGCCGGUCGAUAUCUGAGCGAUUACGAGAAAUUGCAAGGCAAGCCGCUUCGCAGUAGACUGCCGCCCCGCCCACCGUUGCCGCAGUGGGAUGACUGA